AGCUCGAGCUCGACCGGAACACACAAUCAGAAUCAGAUAGUCAGGUUUGAUGUCACAGGGACAUUUCGUCCAUGUUUUUACCAAGAAACAAACUCAAAGCCGUCUUUAAAAUGAAGAGAUUUUAACGUUUAGUCGAAUUGAUUAAUUGACUUCACUUUCAGAGUCACGUGGAUCCUGAGAGAUCUAAGUUAGUGGAGUCAGUUUAACUGUUUUCUUCUGUUAUUUCUGUCUAACUGUCAGUCAGGCAGUCAUUAAAGUCCACGUGAGGAUUUCUCUUACAAUCUACGGUCUACGCUGCAGGAGGGCGUCGUGACGUCAUCACGCGAGUUCACCGGCGAAGGUCACCAGCAAAGCUGGUGUGUGUGAGUGUGUGUGCUGCGUGAUGCAGCCGGUGCAGAUGCUGGAGGCUCCAGGGUUCAGACAGAGGCUGCUGGAGGUGUUGAGACGGGGCAGACGACAGCAGUACUGCCUCCCGCACACACAUGUCUCACCCUCCCCGCACACGCAUGUCCCACGGGGCCACUGCCUCCUGCACACCCGUGUCCCACCCUCCCCUCACACAUCCUUCUGCAGAGGAGAGGACGACAGCGAGCUGCUCUCUUUCGUCACCGCCUCCUCCUUCGCUCUGCUCUCCUCCUCCUCCUCAUCAUCCUCCGAGAGCGAGAGCACAUCGAGUGUCCGCUCGCGCAGACGCAAACGCAGACCGUGGAGCAGUCAUGGCUUGAGAGAGUCGCUCAUCAUGGGAAAUCAGGACGGGAAGCUGAAGCGCUCGGAAGCGGGAGGCGCGGCGGAUGAGAGCGCAGCUCACGACGGCACAAAGAAAGGAUUCCACGGCAAGAAAUCACACGGGAAGGGAGGGGAGGGAGGGAAGAAGAAAAACAAAUCCGACAGAUCCUCGGUGUUUCCUCACAUACGGAAGCGCAAGAACCAGAGCAAGGUGAAGGGCUUCCUGAGCGGAUCCAAAGAGGAUGCGCUGGACGAGCUGGAUAAUAAGACGCCCGAUCUCUCUGGAGAUGAGCUCGGACAUUUGGAGAGCAGACCGAACACGCUGGACAGCCAGGAGGAGGAGAAGAAGGUGGCGAGCUCCGGAUCCGACACGGAUAUGUACAGCUUCCACUCGGCCGCCGAGCAGGAGGAUUUGCUGGCAGACAUCCAGCAGGCCAUCCGUCUGAAGCAGGGCGUGAUGCUCACGGCCCCAGUCGAGGUUCCCUGGGACUGUAAACAAACCCAAAACACCCCCACCCCCGACUCAGAGCACUUCACUGUGCUCGAAGCCAUUCCUAAACCAGAAAACGGGCUUGUUAGUGCACCGCGCCUCCCUGAGGAGGACGAGCCGGCUGUGAAUGGGCUCCCAGAAGAGGCCCUUUGUGCUCCGGUCACAAAAGAGCCCGAGGCCCCUCCUCCUCCUCCUCCUCCUCCAGUGGUUGCUGUGACAACCAGCACCACCAGCUUCCCUGACCUCACAGCUUCAUUCGAGAGCGCCGUGGAGGCCGUGGAAGACGAUGCUGAUGUUCCCAGCACAGAUACGGUGUCUGAGGCCGACGGGCUCGGGUCUACGGGCUCUCUGGAGUGUGUCACCGUCAUUGAGCCGCCCGAAGAGCCUGUCGCACUCCUCCAGAGGCGCAAGAGCAGCGUGUCGAUCCUGCAGGAGAGUCCUCUGGCCACACGGCGGAUGAAGACUGCGGUCAAGCCGUACCCGGCCAUCAACACGUCCUACAUCAAAACCACCACGAGGCAGCUGAGCUCGCCCUCCUGCUCGCCCGGGCCCUCGCCGGCCCUCAGCCCGCUCUUCACACGCCGGGGCCCGGACCGGCCCGAGAGGAGACGGGUCAAGCGUCAGCGCUCCUACAGCAUCACCGGACCCAUCAGCCGCUCCGCAGACUGGACCGAGGAGCUCCGCACGCUCCCGCCGAAAGCGGCUGGGUCAGAUGACUUCCUGGAGUACGGUGGCUCGGAGGGGACACUCAGGACGGCCACACAGCGGGGCUCUAUGACUCAGGAGGUCUUCACAGGCCGGACGCUGUUGGAGCGCUUCUUCCAGCAGCAGGACUCUGGAGAGCCGGAGGAGGCGGAGAAGCUGUGCUCCAGGAUCCUGGCCAUGGGCCUCCUGCUGCCCUUCAGCGACUGCUUCAGAGACCCCUACAGCAGCGGACGACAGAUCGCUCCCAAGUUUGACCAUGAUCAGCUGUACACCUGGGCAGCCGUCAGUCAGCCGCCUCCGUCUCUGGAGCAUCUGGAGGGACGUCUGCCAGAACACCUGAAGAACCUGUGGCCCCUGACCAGACCAGGAGCCGAGGACGGGCCCCGACCCAAAUACACAGAGGAUGCGGUUGAGGAGCAGGAGGAGCAUCAGGCCAUCGUCUCAGACCUUAAGAAACAACAGGAAGAAGAAAUCCGGCACAUUCAGGAGGAGUCGGUGAUAAAGACAGUGCAUCUGAAGCAGGAGCACGUCUGCGUGAUCGAGCAGCUGGAGCAGACCAUUGAAGACCUGCGCUGUAAGAUUGCUGAGCUGGAGAAACAGCAGCCUCUGCUGGAGCAGGAGGUGCAGACACAAGACCAGGAGUGUGGAGGAGAGGAGCGCCUCCUCCCAGACGUCUGCCAUGUGGACCUACAGACAGAGAACACUGUGCUGCUGCCGCUGGAGGCCAAAUCAGUGCAGACGUCUCCUAUGGACGAGAGCUUUAGGUUUAAAGUGCCUCCUGUGGAGGUGCAGGGGCCCGGAAGGAGUGACUCCUCACUGCCAUCAGAAACUGAGAGUGUUUCUCAAGCGUUUGUGUGCAUGUGUCAGCAGCAGCCGGGCACUUCAGUGCCUCCUCCACCUCCUCCUCCAUCCGGGAUGUGUGCACCUCCUCCUCCACCUCCGCUUCCAGGAAUGAGCGCUCUUCCUGCACCGCCUCCUCUCCCGGGAAUGGGUGCACCUCCUCCACCUCCUCCUCUCCCGGGAAUGGGUGCACCUCCGCCUCCUCUCCCGGGAAUGGGUGCACCUCCUCCUCCGCCUCCUCUCCCGGGAAUGGGUGCACCUCCUCCUCCACCUCCUCUCCCGGGAAUGGGUGCACCUCCUCCUCCACCUCCUCUCCCGGGAUUGGGUGCACCUCCGCCUCCACCUCCUCUCCCGGGAAUGGGUGCACCUCCGCCUCCUCCUCUCCCGGGAAUGGGUGCACCUCCGCCUCCUCCUCUCCCGGGAAUGGGUGCACCUCCUCUUCCAGGUAUAUCUGCACCUCCUCCUCCUCCAGGUCCUCCCCUGACCUUCGGUCUGGGUUCUCUGCCUCCUCCGCUCCCGAUGGGUCUGUACGCGUUAGGAGCAGCACAGGAGAAACCUCCUCGUAAAAGCCUGGUGGAGCCGCCGAGACCCAUGAAACCGCUGUACUGGACUCGUAUUCAGCUGCACACCAAAAAGGAUUCUCAUUCUGUUGUGUGGGAUAAGAUCGAGGAGCCAUCCGUGGAUUUUGAUGAGUUUGUCGAACUCUUCUCCAAAACAGCAGUGAAAGAGAAGAAGAAGCCUCUCUCAGACACCAUCAGCAGGUCAAAGACCAAGCAGGUGGUGAAGCUGCUGAACACCAAGCGUUCUCAGGCCGUGGGGAUCCUGAUGUCCAGUUUACAUCUCGACAUGAAGGACAUUCAGCACGCGAUCCUGAAUCUGGAUAACACUGUGGUUGAUCUGGAGACGUUACAGGCGCUCUACGAGAACAGAGCCCAGCAUGAUGAGCUGGAGAAAAUCGAGAAACACAUCAAAUCCUCAAAAGACAAAGAAGGAAACAAACCUCUGGACAAACCCGAACAGUUUCUCCAUCAGCUCUCCCAGAUUCCUAAUUUCUCCGGACGAGUCUUCUGUAUUCUCUUUCAGUCGACCUUCACUGAAUGCAUCUCGUCUGUUCAGCGCAAACUCCAGAUUCUGCAGAGAGUCUGCAAGGCUCUUCAGAGCGGUUCUGGAGUGCUGAAGGUUCUCGGAUUGGUUCUGGCCUUCGGGAACUUCAUGAACGGAGGGAAUCGCACCAGAGGACAGGCAGAUGGCUUCACGCUGGACAUUCUGCCCAAACUCAAGGAUGUCAAGAGCAGCGACAACAGUAAGAGUCUGAUGUCAUAUAUCGUCGCUUACUACCUGAGACACUUUGAUGAGGACGCGGGCAGGGAGACGUGUGUGUUUCCUCUCCCAGAACCUCACGACCUGUUUCAAGCCUCUCAGAUGAAGUUUGAGGACCUGACUAAAGAUCUGCUGAGACUCCGGAAAGAUCUGAGAGCAUCCACUGCGGAGGUGGAGAAGGUGUGCUCGGUCUCUUCUGAAGAGCAUCUGCAGCCGUUUAAAGACAGGAUGGAGGUGUUUGUGAUUGAAGCAAAAACAGAGCUGGAAAGUCAAGAGAAGCAGCUUAGUGAAACCCACAAAACGUUCCUGGAGCUCUGCGUGUUCUUCUCGGUGAAGGCCAAGUGCGGAGAGAAAGAGGUUUCGCCCAACACCUUCUUCACCGUCUGGCACGAGUUCUCCACAGACUUUAAAGACACUUGGAAGAAGGAGAACAAGAUCAUUCUGCAGGAGAGGCUGAAGGCGGCGGAGGAGUGUUUUCGGCAGGUCAAAGAAAAAGCCACUUACAGCGUCAAACCCAAACACGCGUCUGGAAUUAAAGCAAAGCUGGGCAUGAAGAUCUGAGGCGGAUGUGGACUGACGGACGGAUGCUCUCGUGCCGUUUCAUCUGUAAAUCGCUCUCGCAGCAGCUUCAGUGUUAUCUGCCAUCUGCCGUACCACACAGGAAGUGAUCCGCCGUCUAAAUGUGAUGUCACAUUCUGUGUUCAGAUGGAUGAACAUAUCAGACGUUUGCUCCACCGUACAUACUGGAGGACUGAAGCAAUAUCAUCAAAAAAGGUCAUUUUAUUUUUAACAGAUCUGAAAAGGAUAGAGAAUCAGGAUUUCCGAUGCAUCUUCAUUGUAAGCAUCGGAAUCAUAUGACGCUUUUAAACCAACACUAGUUAAUGCAGUUUAGUCCUGUAGUCUUCAGCUGAGUGAACAUGUUCAAAGCACACUCCAGUCCUACAGGACCUGAAAGAGACACUCCAGUAUGUACAGUAUGAAUCAGAUCAGACAGCGGCGAACGAUCAGGAAUCUACUCAGUGUUUUUGUGAAAUUAUGCAAGAUUGUUUUCUGGUUUUGCUGCAUCCACACAUUCACUCACUCACUUGAUGUAUUUAAGAGGAUGUUUUUUAAAUUAAUAUAAAUAAUAUUAACAUCUUUAUGUAACAUUAGUUUGUUUUUAGCAUGUGCGUGUCGGAGGUGUGGAUGGACGUCUGCGCUCCAUGUGCAAUAACUGUUUGUAUCUGAACGUUUUGAGAAGAGUGUAAUUUAUGUAAAAUAAAGGGAUUAAUAAAUUCAGACAUUUUAAUUUA